UUAUAUUACAGUUCACUGGUGUCCCCACAGUACCCAUGAGCCCACCCGGCCAACUCAAUAGAAAUCCUAACUUCUUGACUUCUUCACUCGUUAUUGUGUUCUUAUUUCGUUGGAACUGGCAGAGUUUGCGAAUAUUUUAAUUUUAUAGUCGAAAUGACCGCGUUUUUACCGUCAAAUCUUUUGGCAUUAUUUGCUGCUAGACCUCCCAUACCAUAUCUUCCGCCUCUGGAUAAACUAGGUCAUCAGAAAAAGCCUUGGCCGUACAGUGGAAUUGCGAGUAUCGUUGCUGACUUCGAGGAUCCUGAAGAUACACCUUCUCCAACUCGUGCAGAAACUAGAGUUGAAAAAAUAGGAAGAAAGAAAUGUGAAAGAAUUGAUAAAAACAAAGCGGAUUUGGAGAAAGCUGCAGAAGAAUGGGAUCCUCACACAAAAUCAGUCACGGAUGCAUUUAAAACUUUAUUUGUUGGGAGACUGAUGGAGGUUUAUGGUCCUGUAAAAUCGAUUCAAAUGGUGACCAAUUCUACAACAGGAAAACCUCGUGGUUAUUGUUUUGUCGAGUUUGAACAUGAAAGGGACAUGCAUACCGCUUAUAAACAUGCUGACGGUAAGAAGAUUGACGGCAGGCGUAUAGUAGUUGAUGUGGAAAGAGGAAGAACAGUGAAGAACUGGAAACCUCGACGUUUAGGUGGAGGGCUAGGUGGCACACGAAAUGGUGCUCCUGAAGCAAACAUAAAGCAUUCUGGCCGCGUCGAAAAUUUUGACAGGGAUCGCGAGCGAGAUGAACGUGAUCGUGGUGGUGAAUAUCGUGACCGUUCAAGGCGUGAUCGUGAACGAGACCGUGGCCGUGAUAGAGAUCGCGAUAGACAUGAUCGUCGCCGAGAAAGGGAUCGUGACGUUCGGGAUCGUGAUGGUCGGGAUCGCGGGGGUCGGUUAUAAACAAAAACGCACGCAAAGUAACGAUAUAAUAAAAAAAAUAAAGCUUACUCCGAACAAAAAGUUCAUUUUUAACUCAAUAUUUGGGAAGAAAACAAGACAAUUUUUUAUUUGAAUAAUUAUACUUUGAAUUUGUUACACGUUCAUCGUCAAGACUAUAUUUACAAGAGAACUGACGCUCUACUGAUAUGAAUGUCACAUCAUUCCAACGGAAGUGUGAAGUGGGUGGUACUAACAUACCACACUAUAACCCAGGAAAUAUUCUCUCAACACUACUCAAUCCUCUCGCUUCUAAUGAAUUUACUCUUAACGAUUCGUUCGUUGCCGUAAACUCUAUCCACAUUAUUCCUAAAAAUUUAUUGAAGGCUAUCAAUUCGUUUCGUUUGACGUCGAAUCUUUAUUUACCAACGUGCCUUUGAACAGAGCAAUAAAAAUAAUUUUGGAAAGAAAUUUUUGAGAAAAUCAAAUUUUAACUAAACUUGA